GUGAACGGUGGCAGUGCGGCUGAGCGGGCGGGUUUGCAAGCUGGGGAUGCGCUUAUUCGUGUUAACAAUACUGAUGUGUACUCUCUGAGACAUCAAGAGGCCCAGGACGCUAUACGAGCUGCUGGUGGGAAUCUGGAACUGACUGUGCAAAGAGGUGGUGGUACUUGGCGUCCUAGCGUCACUCCCACUGGGAGCCUCCCUCGUCCUGGUUCUCGUCCUCUAGGAGCUGCCCCUGCUCCAGUCACCAGCACCUCCCUAAAGGCAACCCCUCAACCCUCGAGAGCCUUUGGAUCUGGUCACAACAACGUCGCUAAGCCGUUCGGUUAUAUGAAUGGCAACGAUUCAGUGAAGAGCAUUGUCAACAAACAGUACAACACACCUGUUAGUAUGUACAGCGACAAAACUAUCGCUGAGACACUCUCUGCUCAAACCGAGGUGCUUGCGGGCGGAGUUUUGGGAGUGAACUUCAAGAAGAACGAAAAAACUUACGACGCUGAAAAAAGUGCUGUAUUCAAGGUGUUGCAAGAAGCUGAAAACGAUCCUGAACCAGUAUCAGAGUCGAUCCCGGGCGCCACAACUCCCGUGAGCGGUCUGCGUCACGUGUCCGCGCCCGUGACCCGCGACACGCCCGUCAACACCGGCGGCCUGCCCACCGGACAGAACAUCUGUGAGGACUGCGAGCGACUUAUAACGUCGGCAGAGGCUCGGUUCCCGCCGUGUUCGAGGCUGGUUCACUUGGCGCCCGAGGCCCCCCACCGGCCCAGCAUCCCAUUGGGAUGUUCCCGCGUGUUAUCUGACGGCCGGGUGGCGUUGGGCCCCCCUCAGCCCCCCCACAGGCCUCUCGACGCCCCCACCGAGGCCCCCCACUGCUCCGAAUGUAACGGCCAGAUAGUGGGUGUAUUCGUCCGUAUCAAGGACAAGAAUUUGCACGUGGAGUGUUUCAAGUGCGCCACUUGUGGUUCCUCGCUGAAGAACCAGGGUUACUACAACCUGAACGGGAAACUGUACUGCGACAUCCACGCCAAGCUGGUUGCGAGACAGAACCCGCCCGCGCCGAACUUGGAACCAGUCACUGUACCACCUGGUGGCCGUCUUCCAACGAACGCAUAUUCGACUCCGCUGCCACCACUAUCUACAAACAACUACACUAACGGAUCGUCAUCAAUGUUUAGUCCAUCUAGUAAUCUGUCUGGUCCGAAGCCGUUCGGCUCGUCUCUGGGCACGUACUCUCCGUCGUCGCUGUCUCCUCGCUCGGCGCCGAUCUCUCCACGGACACCAAACUCUGCACCUGCACCCGCACCUGCACCUGCACCUGCACCACAACACGCGUUCGCACCAAAGGCCCCAGGUUCCCUUUUUAAAGCCAAAAACGUCAAAAGCAUUGUGUGGCCCCCUCCUAAUCCCUCAGAAGAUGAACCCGAAAGUGAACUUAAUGUAAAUUGUAAUCAAACCUCAUUACAUAGUGAUUUCACUUCUUUGUCUGAAGAAACAAUAACACACAAUACCAAUAAUAGAAAAGUAACUGCUAAUGAAAUAAAGACUACGGAUUCGGCUAUAGCUCCGUUGUUGCAAACGAUGGAGUUUUCUUCAAACGCUUCAUUUGAUACGACGCAGAUGGCGUCAUCUACCAUAAAAUCACAAACCGCUGUUCAGAAACAACGAUCUGAGAUUAAACAAGAAUUUUCAAGUUGCACCGUCCAAUCAUAUUCACAGCAAGCUUCUGAUUGCAAACAAUUUUCUGUCUAUCAAAAUGUUGUUGCACCAGAAGAAAUAAAUAAGAGAAAACAAACUCUGGAACAAUCACGACUUGAACAUAGUUCAAAUGUCGUUCAAUCUAAAUUUAAAACGGGAGAAAGUGUGUCUCAAAACUUUCCUCCUCUCAAUGCAAAUACUUCAAACACAAAAAUGCAGCCAUGUUCGAAUAAAGUAAGCGAUACUAAAAUACAAACUAAAGACAAUCAAAUGAAAAUGUCAUCAAAAGUAACUCAAUCAGGUGUUAAAGCACCCGAAUCUAAGAAGUCUAUUAGUGGGAAACCCAUUGGUGGUUCAGCAAAACCCAAUACUUUGCAAAGAGGAUCCCUGUUGGAAGCCCUUACUAUAGCCCCAGAUCGACCGUACAGUCCAUUAUCGUUUCAUAUACCAACAGUGCACUACAACAAGUUUGAAUCUGGAGAAUACCAGCCUUUGCUAUCUGAAGCUGUGCCUUCACAAUCUCUUUCGGAAUAUAGUCAAUCUAAUCAAUCAAAUCAAACUUCUGAACAAAGUGCAAUACAACAUUCUGGAAUUAUGCAAUCAACAGCAACAACUUCAGCAUUCAAACCGGUGUGCAAACAAACCUUUCCACCUCCAAAACCAGAAGAAUUUUCGUCACAACCUCUUUCUAAUCUAAGUAACCAAAGUAGUGGUUUUAAAGAUUUUUCUCAAUCAAAACAGGAAACAGUACAGGAAUUUAAACUAUCCCAAAAUAAAACGCAACAACAGGAAUCCUCUAUUUGUACAACUGCUUUACCCAGAUCAGAGGGUAUUCCACAAUAUCAGCAAGCUCAAGUAUCAGAAGUAUAUCUAGACCAGCAAAAGUCUUUCACCCCAACCAACCAAACAAAUAAAGGCUCUAAAAUGGACAGACCGAUGACUUUCCAGCCAGUCGUAGAUGAAACAUCACUUAGAAUAUCACCUGCCCGGAGCCGUCCAACAACACCGGGUAUGAUCAAUAAGCCGGCUCCUAUAAUACCUCAUUAUCAAAUGAAUUUAGUUUCUAUCGAGCAUCAAGCUCCGGAAAGUCGUUUAUACAAACCUGGUAGUGCCGAAGCCAGUCGGUCUUCCACUCCUAUAGCGCGAUGUCGCUCCCCGGCACCUGGGCCUCCAGCUAAUCCUCUAAAGGCACAAGCUCCCCGAAUAAAACAAACAUCUCAAUCUACCUUUGAACAAGCACAAUCUUGUAAUAAGCAAUUGUCAAACAUCCGAAAAGAACACGAGAUGUCAGGACCAGAGUUACAAACCCAGAUGUCAUCGUUUAAUCCUUCAGAAUUAAAAACUUAUAACCCGAAUCAACCCACGGUUAUAAAAGACGAAAGACAAGCAAAUGUAGAAUAUCGCACUGAAAAUUACAGUCAAGGUGAUAUGAACAUAAAAGAAGACUCUAUGUUAAAUCAGAACUACGGCGAAAAACAAACAGAAUUUCAAAAUAUAAGUGAAUAUGGCAACACUACCGUACAGACUGCAAAAAAAACAUUCGAAGAAUACGAAAGCUCACAAUCCGCUAAGGUUAUAGAAAUUCACAAGGGCGAUUCACAACCUUACUGUUCAAAUCAGCCGAUUGAUUCUAAUCCGCAACCAUAUAAUUCUAACUCCAAGCAGGUGUUCCCCCCUCCUCUCUCAACCAUGACUCCAACCCAACAAAACUUACUUCGUACUAAUGACAGUGUUGUCAAUGCUAGCAAACGAUCAGAAAUGUAUCAACCAAGUCCUUUUAUAUCUGGUGCUAACCAAGGUCCAGUGUGUGAUCCUACCCCAUCAACAGGUCCCAGUGUAGGAGCUGCGGCUCGUGGUAAAGCUUUUGGCGUUUCAUCAGCACCAAAACGUGGCAGGGGUAUCUUAAACAAAGCCGCCCUACCCGGCUCUCGUGUACCUCUUUGUGGGUCCUGCAAUGGCAACAUUAGCUUUCAAUUAGGAACUAGUUUAAUUUUUAAUUCUCAACUAACAAUUACAACGAGUGUAUUGGUGUUGUACUUUGUUUUACCAUUAGUUAAAAAAAAACAAACACGGAACCGUCCAUAUACCGAAGAAAAUAUUAUUAUUUAUUCGGCUCUUAAUGUUAAUGAAUCUCAAACAGUGAACAAUCUACACCGAACGGACUAUAAGAGUCCGGCUGAGGAACGGCUAAUACGAAAAAUGGCAAAAAUGGCCCUCAACGGCUAUGAGAUUGGAAUUCAGAGAAAAAUAAAACCAGCCGACCACAUACAGUCUAUGGCGGACAAAAUUCAAGAUACAGUGGUUACAAAACAUCCUCUGAACACAGACACUGUACCCUCUGCUGAUACCAGUCGUGAUAAUACUCUGAAGCGAUCAGUAAACAAGAAGUUUGAAAAUAAUUUGAAAUCUAUGGAUUAUACGCCUCUGAAACCAACCAAUGGAAGCUACUUGCCAAACGGCAACGGUACAAAUAACACGUUCAACAACACACAUACACCCGUCCCACCACCUCUUCCAACAACUCCCGUUCCAACAUUUCAAGUGCACAGCACGCCCAUCACAAAUAUCUUGAACAACAUUGUAUCACAGAACACAGAAUACAAUAAUGCUAUUAAAAACAAUAUCUAUGACGAGUCCACGAUUAAUGAGAAAACUCAAAACGGUGGUUAUUCAAGCAGUGACGAUUCAAAUAAAAGCAAAUCAGAAAACAUUUUUGACAGCAUCUCCAAAAAGAAAACUGCUUUUGAAAAAAACACUGAUGAUUUAAACUCUUCAAACCAUCAUGAUUUUAAAAAUGACUCCAAAUCUGAAACAAAUUUUUCUAAUACAUUGAACAAGAGAAGAUUAUUCGAAAGAAGCGACGCUUUCAAUGAAUCCUUGACAAAAAAUACGCAGAAGAGUACGGACAACGGUAAAAUUUCACAUAACGACAAAGAGGUUACAAAUAAAAACAGCUACUCGAAACAAAAUUUUUGCCAUGGCCCCAAAACGAAAGAACCAGACGAAAAUGACAAAAAACUACCGAAUGAUCUGGUUGACGAUUCUUUGUAUACUUUUAAGCCUGUGCUUAACGGAGGAGCUUCUUGUAGUAGUAGCAGUAGCAGUGACAAUGGUUACAAUGGAAACAGCAAUGGGUUUCGGAGCAAUGGGAUCGGGAACAAACAAGAAAAGGAUUCAGACGGCUACUGCGAAGAAGUUGUUGUAAAACGCAGACAGAAAAAUAAUAGAAACGACAACGGCCGUAGAGAUUCUCGAAUCGUUCCAAGACCAUUAAGUACUAUGACCUCAGAGGAUGUGACGGACGGACAGUACAUAUGUCAUGUAUGUGACAAGGCCAUUACCAGGGGUCCGUUCAUUACCGCGUUGGGUCGUAUUUGGUGUCCCGAGCACUUCGUUUGUGUGAACGCGUCUUGCCGGCGUCAGUUGCAAGACAUCGGCUUCGUCGAAGAAAAUGGCCAACUAUACUGCGAGUUCUGUUUCGAGCAAUACAUCGCGCCUCCUUGCGACAAGUGUCAUAACAAGAUAAAACAGGACUGCUUGACCGCUAUCGGCAAACGCUUCCAUCCAGAAUGCUUCAACUGUGUAUACUGCGGCAAACUGUUCGGGAACAGUCCGUUCUUCGUAGAGGACGGUCUGCCAUAUUGUGAAGCAGAUUGGAACGAGCUGUUUACGACCAAAUGUUUCGCUUGCGGUUUCCCCGUGGAGGCCGGCGACAGGUGGGUGGAGGCGCUCAACAAUAACUACCACAGUCAGUGCUUCAACUGCACGGUGUGCAAGAAGAACUUGCAAGGGCAGAGCUUCUUCGCCAAGGGAGGAAGACCUUUCUGCAAGUCUCACGCCCGCUAG